UCUGAAGCCACCGACUUUCGCGCGCUUUGGCGCGGGUGGUUGUGGGUAGCGCGCCCAGGAGGGAGAAAGGAGCCUGGGGGCUGUGACCGCGGCCUGAGGGGAUGUUCGAGGACGAGCCCCACGCUGAGGGGGCAGCGGUGGUUGCCGCGGCCGGGGAGGCGCUGCAGGCCCUGUGCCAGGAGCUGAACCUGGACGAGGGGAGCGCGGCCGAAGCCCUGGACGACUUCACCGCCAUCCGGGGCAACUACAGCCUAGAGGGAGAAGUUAUACACUGGUUGGCAUGUUCAUUAUAUGUAGCAUGCCGCAAAAGCAUUAUUCCCACUGUUGGGAAGGGUAUCAUGGAAGGAAAUUGUGUUUCACUUACCAGAAUACUGCGUUCAGCUAAACUAAGUUUAAUACAGUUUUUUAGUAAAAUGAAGAAGUGGAUGGACAUGUCAAACCUGCCACAAGAAUUUCGUGAACGUAUAGAAAGGCUAGAAAGAAAUUUUGAGGUGUCUACUGUAAUUUUCAAAAAAUUUGAGCCAAUUUUUUUAGAUAUAUUUCAAAAUCCAUAUGAAGAGCCACCAAAGUUACCACGAAGCAGGAAGCAGAGGAGGAUUCCUUGCAGUGUUAAGGAUCUCUUUAAUUUCUGUUGGACACUCUUUGUUUAUACUAAGGGUAAUUUUCGUAUGAUUGGAGAUGAUUUGGUAAAUUCUUACCAUUUACUUCUGUGCUGCUUGGAUCUGAUUUUUGCCAAUGCCAUUAUAUGCCCAAAUAGACGUGACUUGCUGAAUCCAUCAUUUAAAGGUUUACCAUCUGACUUCCAUACUGCUGACUUUAGGGCUUCUGAAGAGCCUCCCUGCAUCAUUGCUGUACUGUGUGAACUGCAUGAUGGACUUCUAGUAGAAGCAAAAGGAAUAAAGGAGCACUACUUUAAGCCAUAUAUUUCAAAACUCUUUGACAGAAAGAUUUUAAAAGGAGAAUGCCUCCUGGACCUUUCCAGUUUUACUGAUAAUAGCAAAGCAGUGAACAAGGAGUAUGAAGAAUAUGUUUUAACUGUUGGUGAUUUUGAUGAGAGGAUCUUUUUGGGAGCAGAUGCAGAAGAGGAAAUUGGAACUCCUCGAAAGUUCACUGGUGACACCCCAUUAGGGAAACUGACAACACAAGCUAAUGUGGACUGUAAUCUUCAACAACACUUUGAAAAAAAAACAUCAUUUGCACCUUCUACCCCACUGACAGGACGGCGAUAUUUACGAGAAAAAGAAGCAGUCAUUACUCCUGUUGCUUCAGCCACUCAAAGUGUGAGCAGGUUACAGAGUAUUGUGGCUGGACUGAAAAAUGCACCAAGUGAACAACUUAUAAAUAUUUUUGAAUCUUGUAUGCGUAAUCCUAUGGAAAACAUUAUGAAAAUAGUGAAAGGAAUAGGAGAGACUUUCUGCCAACACUAUACUCAAUCAACAGAUGAACAGCCAGGAUCGCACAUAGACUUUGCUGUAAACAGACUAAAGCUUGCAGAAAUUCUGUAUUAUAAAAUAUUAGAGACUGUAAUGGUUCAGGAAACACGAAGACUUCAUGGAAUGGACAUGUCAGUUCUUUUAGAGCAGGAUAUAUUUCAUCGUUCCUUGAUGGCCUGUUGUUUGGAAAUUGUGCUCUUUGCCUAUAGCUCACCUCGUACUUUCCCCUGGAUUAUUGAAGUUCUCAAUUUACGACCAUUUUAUUUUUAUAAGGUUAUUGAGGUGGUGAUCCGCUCAGAGGAGGGACUUUCCAGGGAUAUGGUGAAACACCUGAACAGCAUUGAAGAACAGAUUUUAGAGAGUUUAGCAUGGAGUCACGAUUCUGCAUUGUGGGAGGCUCUCCAGGCUUCAGCAAACAAAGUUCCUACCUGUGAGGAAGUUAUAUUCCCAAAUAACUUUGAAACAGGAAAUGGGGGAAAUGUACAGGGACAUCUUCCCAUGAUGCCAAUGUCUCCUCUAAUGCAUCCAAGGGUCAAAGAAGUUCGGACUGACAGUGGAAGUCUUCGAAGGGAUAUGCAACCAUUGUCUCCAAUUUCUGUCCAUGAACGCUACAGUUCUCCUACUGCAGGGAGUGCUAAGAGAAGACUUUUUGGGGAAGACCCCCCAAAGGAAAUACUUAUGGACAGGAUCAUAACAGAAGGAACAAAAUUGAAAAUUGCCCCUUCUUCCAGCAUUACUGCUGAAAAUAUAUCAAUUUCCCCUGGGCAAAGUCUUCUAACUAUGGCCACAACCAUAGUCACAGGAACAGUGGGACAUAAAGUUACAAUCCCAUUGCACGGUAUCACAAAUGAUGCUGGAGAGAUCACACUGAUACCAAUUUCCAUGAAUACAGCUCAGGAGUCCAAAGUCGAGAGUCCUAUAUCACUUACUGCUCAGUCAUUAAUUGGUGCUUCUCCGAAACAGACCCAUCUGACUAAAGCACAAGAGGCACAUCCAACUGGAAUAAGCAAACCAAAGAGAACUGGGUCUUUAGCACUGUUCUAUAGAAAGGUCUAUCAUUUGGCAAGUGUACGCUUACGUGAUUUAUGUUUAAAACUGGAUGUUUCAAAUGAGUUACGAAGGAAGAUAUGGACGUGUUUUGAAUUCACUUUAGUUCACUGCCCUGAUCUAAUGAAAGACAGACAUUUGGAUCAGCUGCUCCUUUGUGCCUUUUACAUCAUGGCAAAGGUAACAAAAGAAGAAAGAACUUUUCAAGAAAUAAUGAAAAGUUAUAGGAAUCAGCCCCAGGCUAAUAGUCAUGUCUAUAGAAGUGUACUGUUGAAAAGUAUUCCAAGAGAAGUUGUGGCAUACAAUAAAAACGUAAAUGGUGAUUUUGAAAUGACAGAUUGUGACUUGGAAGAUGCUACAAAAACACCUGACUGUUCCAGUGGACCAGUGAAAGAGGAAAGAGGUGAUCUCAUCAAAUUUUAUAAUACAAUAUAUGUAGGAAGAGUGAAGUCAUUUGCACUGAAAUACGACUUGUCAAAUCAGGACCAUGUGAUGGAAGCUCCACCUCUCUCUCCUUUUCCACAUAUUAAGCAACAACCAGGCUCACCACGCCGUAUUUCCCAGCAACACUCCAUUUAUGUUUCCCCACAUAAGAAUGGGUCAGGCCUUACACCCAGGAGUGCUCUGCUAUACAGGUUCAAUGGCAGCCCUUCUAAGAGUUUGAAAGAGAUCAACAAUAUGAUAAGGCAGGGGGAACAGAGAACCAAGAAGCGAGCAAUAGCCAUAGAUGGUGAUGCAGAAUCCCCUGCCAAACGCCUCUGUCAAGAAAAUGAUGAUGUUUUGCUUAAACGACUACAGGAUGUUGUCAGUGAGAGAGCAAAUCAUUAACACCCUUCCUGUUUCUAUCAUAAAAGCACUUUCAGGUGGCAGAAAGUUGGGGGUUUUCAGCCCUGUAGAUAGAAAGUAUCACUGAGUUACAUGAAAAAUUGCACCAAAAUUAUAUGGGUUUUUUUUUUACAUUUAUCCAAAAUGUAGUUGACAGUGUAUUUUGAGUUGGAUUGGAAAGCAAUAUUUCAAGUGCCUUUUAAACAUUUUAAUAGUUAUAGAAUCUUUUAAAUGACUAUUCCUUGGUUUAGUUUUUAAGAUGAAGUAAGGAGAUACCUCAUAAUUUUUUAGCUCACUUUUAAAAAUCAAAUGUCUCCUCCUUCUGCGCUUUGUAAUAUGAAGGUAAAUAAUCUGUUUUUGGUAAGCAUCCUUUGAGAUAUCUCAGUUCUUAAUUUAAUAUUGAGUGGAGGGGCAUCUGGCUGGUAGAACAUGAGACUCUUGAUCUCGGGGUCAUGAGUUCGAG